AUGGCUGGCAGUCCAAUUAAUCCAUUUAUUUUGCCCAGGGCUUACAAAGCAGACCAGGAACAGGAUCAGCUCCCUGUUGUUAAUGCGAUUGCUCCCAAUGAUGUUUUUGGCAAGCAAGUGCAAAAUAAUGGUAAAGGAGAUCCAGAUGACGCAUCCUAUCCACAUAUAAGUACAAGCGGGAAAUUCAUUCCUCAUCGACGCAUCAUUCAUGUAGAUUUGAAAGGAGGCGCCUACAAGCCUGAAUUUCUCUCUGAGUUAUUCUACUUUUUCAAUCGUAUAAAAGCAACUGGAGUUUUGAUUGAGUGGGAGGACAUGUUUCCGUACACAGGAAAUCUAUCGGAUGCAGUCAACGGAAAUGCUUACUCUAUGGAAAAUGUCGAGUACAUUUUGAAGGAAGCCAAACGCCACCAUCUUGAUGUGAUUCCACUUGUGCAAACAUUUGGCCAUCUGGAAUGGAUUUUGAAGCUCGAAAAAUUUGCUCACCUUAGAGAAGAUAGCAGAUUCCCACAGGUAAUCUGUUUCCCUGAAGCAGAGGCAUGGCAACUUAUAACGGAUAUGGUUGAUCAAGUUGCUGCUGUGCACAAAAAAUUUGGGAUGCCAUUUUUCCACAUGGGAGGAGAUGAGGCUUUUCAGGUCGGAGUUUGCAACGCCAGCAUUACGGAAAUGGGUAGGCAAGGCUCUAGAGAUCGACUGAUGCUUUGGCAUAUCUCUAGAACUGCCAAAUACAUCAAAACAAUGUACUCUGUAAGUUUUUGA